GUCUGCUUGCUUUCUCUCGACCAGCGGCAGGAACAGCUGCUCCAGCCCCGUGUCCUGUCCCAUCCCAUCUCAGGGUUCCCCAGCCGGGGCAUGUCCCGCCAUGUUCGACCUAAAGGGCGGCUGGAACCUGUCUUUUGCCGGGUGCGGCUUCUUGGGGAUCUACCACAUCGGAGUCGCCAGUUGCCUACUGGAGAAAGCCCCCUACCUUGUGAAAGGGGCCACCAAGCUGUACGGGGCCUCUGCUGGGGCUCUCACUGCCUCAGUACUCGCAAGCCAAGCAUGCAUAGCUAAAUGCUGUGAGGACGUCAUUGAAGUGGCAAAGGAAGCCAGGAAGAGAAACCUGGGCCCACUUCACCCAAGCUUCAACCUGGUAAAAGUCCUGAAAUCAGGCUUGAACCGUGAUCUGCCCUCAGAUGCACAUGUCCUGGCCUCGGGCAGGCUGUGUGUUUCAUUGACCAGAGUAUCAGAUGGGGAGAACGUGCUGGUGUCAGAGUUUAGCUCUAAGGAGGAGCUCAUACAGGCGCUGGUCUGUAGCUGUUUCAUUCCAAUCUACUGUGGACUGAUUCCUCCAUCCUUCAGAGAAGUGCGCUAUGUAGACGGUGGAAUCAGUGAUAACCUGCCGCAGUCGGAGCUGAAGAACACUAUCACCAUCUCUCCCUUCUCUGGUGAAAGCGAUAUCUGUCCUCGGGAUAACUCCACCAGCUUCCAUGAGUUGCGCUUCACCAACACCAGCAUCCAGAUGAACAUAGGGAACCUGUACCGCCUCAGCAAAGCUCUAUUUCCCCCAGAACCCAAGGUCCUGGCAGAGAUGUGUCAGAGUGGUUAUAAGGAUACUCUACGCUUCCUUGAAGAGAACAACCUGCUGAUGCUGGAAUGUCCCAGUCCCAGCCUGUCAGACAGUUCCAUGAGCUGCUGCUCGAAACCUGCUGAAACAACUAAAGAGUGGGUGCUGCGCAGACUCCACCUGCUGCACAAGAAACACUGGUGGCUGGAUGAAGAGAUUGUUUUGCCCUCCAAAAUAAAGAAAGUGUUCUGUGAGGCUUGCCAAGACAAAUCAGGUCUUUAUGCCAAGGUGACUAGGAUGCUGCCAUUAAGAGUUGCUUCCUACAUGCUCAUGCCAUACACUCUUCCUGUCCAGUCAGCCUAUUCUGUGGCCCAGAGGUUUGUGGAGUGGAUCCCAGAGGUACCUGCUGAUGUGUGCUGGCUGUUUGGGGUCGCCGGUGACAUGUAUAGACAGGCCUGGAAAACAAACCCAGCUAGCUCUUUCAGCCUGAGGAAGUGCCUUAGUGUCCCACCGCUACCUUCAGAGACUGAAAGGCCCACACAGACCAUUGUGCCUGCUUUUUCUUCCCUUGACCUCCACAGCCACUACUGGGACAUCCCAUCAUCUACUUCCUCUACCUCCCACCACCUCUCUCUCACUGCCCCAUCCUCUCAACAGCAAGCCUGCUUCUUUGUGGGCUCACAGGAUGAACCUCAGAGCCCUAUAUAGCAGUGAAAAACAUGUGAAGAACCUGGACUUUAGCUUGGAUUCUGCUCUCUCUGAGUGGGGUUAAGAUGGACUGAUGGGUAUUAAAAAUUCUAAUCAGCACUGUUGGUCACAGUUACUUCAAACACCACAAUCUGAAUUGAGGAAAAUAUAUUUCCUUGGGCAAUAAGGAAAACUUGACACGGCCCUCUGGAGAGCAUAUGUGUUUCAGGGCAGAGUAAAAUAAAAAUGCCCCUUUUCCAUUAGUUCCUAUUCAGUACAGUUGGACACGGCUCUACUCGCCUUUUAGGCUUUUCCAUUAGUACUAGUUACAUGAAACCAUUACUUUUUUUAGUUCCUGGUUGGAUGCGGUUCCAACCGUGUUGACCCAUGGUGAAAACGCCACAUCAGAAGACUGUCGGUCACUAAUUGUGUAGAGGAAGGCAUCACUAGUCAUAGCAUAUUUUAAUAUCUAUAUCUUGUACCUUAAUGCUAUAGUCAAAAGCACACUUGCUAUUGACCAUCCUGUCCACACUGAGAUGGUACUCAAUUGUAAUGGAAAACGAACCAAACCGUGUAGUGACCUGACCCGAGUCCAGUAGAGUAGGUACUGAUGAAAAAGGGGCAGAACUUUACCUGUUUGCUGUAUAUUUGCACAUAUGUUGUAUUUAUUGCAAUGUUUUUACCAUCGAGAUUUUAUUUUUCUGUCCAUAAACUAAUCUAUCUUUCCACUGAUACAUGACCGUUUCACUGUGAUGUGGAUUUCAGCGGGUGCUUUAAGAUGGCUUUCAUGUAAGGUUUGGAGGCGAUAGAAAGUCAGCUCCUUGAAAAAUGAAUGAUCAGCUGGUUUGCAGUAUAUGAAGUUUGCUCUCAGCAUUUGUCAAGUUUGAAUAUGUGUGGAGAAAUAGUUGAGUGUUCCACACUUUAUACAAAUUUCUAAAACCCAACUGGUCAAACAAGCAGAAUAUAUUUUAUUCAUACAUUAAAAUUUGGGCACAGUCUUAGUUCUCAUUGUAAAACAGCUUUUGCUAUAAAAAUGCAGUUCAUUUACCAUGCAUUGUCUAUACUAUGUGCAACAUGUCACAAGCUUUGUUUAAAUUUGUAAUUUUUAAACUGAUAGUCCAGUUUUAAUACAUUCAAUAUACCAUUGCCUUCAAUUAAGUGGGCAUUUUUGAUAGGGGCGAUAUGGCUUCCUGCAGAUCAGAUGAUAAUUGAUAAGUUAGGAUUUUGAGAUUUCAGAGAAAACAGAAUAACAAUAUUGAAUUAAAUCUUUUUACCUUUAUGAUUUUGCAGCUGCUGGGUUGCAACAUCGGCCUGGUCUGGCUAUGGAUGAGCUGAACAGUUAGAGAGGUUAUUAUAUUGCUGAUUUUAAGAUCUGAAAUAUAGAUGGCAGAGAAGUACAAGGGCUAAAUCUUUUCAUAAAUUAGGUUUUGCUCUUAUUUUUCAAACUAAAAAUGCAUCAACCCAUUUAUUAAAACUGUUUUCUUUGUUUUAACUUAAUCUGUCUAUUAAAAAUCUGCUUUUCUGUCUCA